GCAUAUUAGCAGAGCCGGUUGUAGUGAAAUUGGUGCUUCCUUUGGAAACUAACAGUUGGUUUAGAGAUACAGCAUAUAGUCAUAUGUCUUCCAGAUUUAUAUUCACACGAAGCUGUGUAAGGAAGCCGCCGACGGAGUGCUCACGUGACCUGUUCCACGCGCUCGAGCACCUGAGCACGGGUGAAAUCUUCUAACAGUGAAAAGGCACAGAAUGAGGGAUCUUGAAGAGGACAGUUGUGGAUUUGUAAACUUCUUCAGUGCAUAUGUAAACAAAGGAAGACGAGGUCGUUGAUAUAAACAUGGGUGACAGUGAGGGCAGCUGCGAGCUGUCAGAAAGGGACGCCAUCAAAUCUGAAACUCACUCGGAUUCUCCGAUGGCUGAAUCCGAAGCGCUAUUUCGCGGACAAGAACACGAGGCGAAAACCCAAACGAACAACUCGAAUGAACCCGAUUCUGGCUUUACAGCGGAACCGAACCCUGAGGAGCGAGCGGCUAAAGUUGGAGCGCGCGCGGUGUCGCUGAAUCUCAGCGCUGCUGUGCGCAGGUCCAGAUUUCAGAGACAGCUGGAAGCUUCUGAAUCAUCGUCCGAGGUCCAGGAGAAAGGCUCCAUCACGCCGGCUAUGCGCAAAAAAUACCUGAAGGACCUGUUCUUGAACUAUAAUUCGCAUAGUGGCCUGUCAACAAUCUUAUCGCUCAAAAGCGCGAGCGGGUCUUCGAAGGACAGUGUGGAUGCGUCCUUUCAGGGUGCGGACGAGAGCAAUGCAUCCUGGGUACUGGAUCCCACUGAGCACGCAUGGAUGCUAUCGGUUGUGGAUGGAAAUUAUGGCACUAUAUCAGAGUUUCUUAUGGAGGACCCCAGUUUACUGACCAGGAAGGAUUUUGUGAGUGGCUAUUCAGCUCUCCACUGGUUAGCAAAGCAGGGGAAACACGAGACGUUAUUAAAGCUUCUAAAAGACGCUGAAAAGAAAGGGUACCCAGUGGACGUGAACUUAAAGGGCAGUGGUGGUCUUACACCUCUUCAUGUUGCUGUUAUACACAGACAGUACAUGGUCAUAAAGAUCUUAGUGGGUGCAUUUGGUGCCAGCGUAGAUGCCAUGGACUACAAUGGAAAAAGGGCAUGGCAAUAUCUCAAAGAUGAUGCACCAGCAGAGAUGAAGGAGCUCCUUGGUGCAUGGGAUGAAGAACACACUAUCUGGCAACUAAACGCCAACAACAAUAAUGCAAGUUGCACUGAAGGAGCUUCGACAGAAGACUGCCAAAAAGAGACAAACGUUGUAGACACUGUCGCUAGAAAUGGGCUGUGGCGCUUUGGUUCAUUUAGAAAAUUACUCUCCCCAUUUUUCUCUGGAGGUAAGGACUAAAAGACAUUAUGUACCUGAUAUCACUGGAAAUAGUAUAAAAGACCUACAAAUAGAAGUUCAACACUGCAACAUUUUGUAAUUUUAUGCUUUUAUAUUUACAAAUCAAUGAAACUGUGCCAAAUAUUACAUUGAGUCAGCAUUCCCUGCAAGCAUGUUUAUGUAAAUUAAAGUACCAGUAAUGACAUGAUGGGUUUAAAACUGGAUUCUAGUUAUC